AUGGAGAGGAAGGUGUUAAGUACAAAGAUAACGGACUCAACUAUACCUCUAGUCUUUGUAAAUUCCAAGUGUGACGAUGAGAUAUAUGUUGUUCCGUUGGAUUAUCCUUACAAACAAUGUAAAAUAGAAGUGAAAUCCGUCAAGUCUCCUGAAUCUAACCUUUUUGGUGUGGAAUAUCCCACUCUUCCUAAGUUAGUUAAGACGCCUAGGCGCACUUUGGUCGCCUAUAGUCCUAGAAUUAAUGAUGAAAUGGAUAAAUCGCUUAAAAUUCCUUUUGAAGAUUUUCUGAACGGCAAAAUAACGGAGCUUGUCGAUAGUAUGCAGUUAGAAGACAACGACAAGUCAAAUGAUUCUGAAAGACAUAUUUCUGACGUAUUUAUUCAGGAAAUUAAAAAACAUAGGAGACAUUAUAUGUUCUCGGUUCAGUGGAAAAGAAAUGCGGUCAACAUGUAUCUAGCAAGGCAUUUUCUGAAUAACUAUAAGAAUAAGAACGCAGAAACUAUGAAAGAGUAUAUUAAAUCCAAAAACUUUGACAAUAUUGAUUGCUGUAACAUGUUAGAUAUGCGAAACAAAGCUGAAACGACUCAUAGGAAAGGAUUGAUUAAAGACUGGAAAGGCUAUAAUUCUGCAAAUUUCAAGAGGCUUUACAAUAUCCUUACAAAGUACCAUAAAUAUUUGUACAGAAAGCAGACAUCACGCUACUUCUUUGAAAUUCUGGCAGAAGCAAAAGAAUGUGAAAGGAAGAUGUACGAAUUCGAGCUUUUUACUGAAGAAACUAUUUAUGGACGUAGAGACUUUAUAACUGAGCAUAACAAGGAAAAUCAACUCAACAAUAAGCGAAUGAGAAAAUUUUGUAGCGUUUUUGCAGCACAUUAUAGAAGAAAUAAUGAAAGAAAUCGUCAAGCUCAUUGCGUACCAACUUCUACACCAAAUAGAGUGAACACUUCAAAUAGACGAUAUAGGACUGCACCAAUCGAUAAUCACGUCCAAAUCCUCUCCAAUACUAUUGAUGUUUGUGUUACGAAAAAUGAUGAUGAUCAAAUUUGUGAUUCUAACAGGCACACCCAAACAGGAAAUGCGGUCCGGACGGCUCCUGAUAGUCAUAACGAAGAAAACGCUGUCAAUUCUAAUUAUACUGGUGAUUUUCAUGAUCAAAUCUACAACUCAUCUAGAGACACCACCAUUCCGUGUGAAGUUAGGGAAUCAAAUGACUUGAAUCAAGUCAAAGAGACUAGUGUAACAAAGAUCAAUGUAAUAGAACAUGACACUAUGAAUAACACUCCCAGUGAUGGCAUUCAUAACUGUGAAUCUGGACCAAAAUGCAACACUUCAACAUCUGCAAAUGUUGAAGCGGUAAAUGCCAUACCGUUCUCUUUACAUGGAACUAAGAAAAAUGUUUCAGAAAGUACACCUCACAAUACGGAUAGAAAUACAGUUUCUCAAGCAUACUCCGUAGGGUCCUUUUAUGAUGGAGAUUCAAGGGAUUAUUAUGAUGAUGGGACAUUCUCAAAUAGAUUGAAUUCGACCGUUGGAAUAAACAGGUGGAUAUACAGUAAAAUGGAAGAAAGAGGCGAAAUGGAUGGAUACAGUGGAUUACUCCAGGAACUUAGUAUUCUUAUGUUUUCAGGAAACAACAUGGUAUUAGGGUUUGCUAAUUUACCACAAUCUUUGCGAUGGCUAGAUGAAAAUGAUCCUAAUCGAUCCAUAACUCCUCCUAGCCAGGAUUUCUUCAGAGAUGGUACCCUAUUCACAACAUGUUGCUAUGCAGAAAUCAAGCUUAUGAAAAUUUUAUUGUGUGUUAUUUAUACACUCAGAUCUUCAAAAACACGUGACAAAGAGCUCUUGUCGUUAAUGCUGCAGCAGAUAUUAGAGGCAAACGAUGAACUAUAUCAACUAAAAAGAAAGUUAGAAAACGGAAGAAGUGCUCUAUUGAAGAAAAUAAAACUAAAUUGGGCUGAAAGAAAUUCAAAAUGGGGAGUAUUCCCUCCCCUUAAGAGGGGAUAUAGGCUAUUGAAUAUGCUAGGAAAGGGGGGAUUCGCGGAGGUCUGGGAAGUGUUAGAUCCUACUACACUAACGAUUCAAGCCGCUAAACUUCAUAUAUUAUCGCAUGACAUGAGUCCAGUAGAAAGAGGGAAUGUUGUUAUGAGAGUGAAAAACGAAAUAGAUAUUCAUAAGACAUGUAGAACACAUAAGCAUAUUGUUAAUAUGAAAGCUUGCUUUGAAAUGGGUGAUAACAUGCUUGCAACAAUUUUGGAACUCUGCGAUGAAGGAGACUUAGACCAAUACAUAAAAUUGCACGGACCUGUACCGGAAAAAUUAGCGCUAAUGUGGACAUAUCAGAUUCUAGAUGGUUUACGUUUCAUGAAAAUGCUCCCUGAAGGGCGCGUCCACCACUGUGAUUUAAAACCUGGAAAUAUUUUAAAACAUAGAGGAAAUAUAAAACUAGCGGAUUUCGGUCUAUCAAAGAUCGUUCCACACGAUGCCGUAGAUGUCUGUUGGGGUGGAGGGGGAACAGUUUGGUAUCAGCCACCGGAGUGUUUAUCAGCUGGGAUAAAAAACAAGAGGAUUUUAUUGACGGACAAGAUUGAUAUGUGGGCUGUCGGCUGUAUAUUAUAUGAAAUGCUCUUCAACUCUCGACCAUUUGGAAGUUAUGCCAAUAAAAUUUCACCAUCAGAACGUGUUUAUCAAGAAGCGAUGAGUGGAGUGAAAUUUCCACAAACAUGUUCAAUAUCAGAAGAAUGCAAGAAAUUUAUUCAAAGUCUACUUUCUAUCGAACCGAGCGAACGUCCAUCUAUCGAAGAGGCACUCGAUAAUCCUUUGUUUUCAAGUAGACAAAUUUAG